CAUCCUAGAAUCUAGAAGCAAAUAGAUUGGAAAGUAAUUCCGUUUUAAUCAAUCUAAAUCCAAUACGCCCCUAAUUGUCUCGGGUCGAAUCCAGUUUUACUAUGGAGUAAAGAGAAUAUCCAAGAGGAAUAAAAGUUGAAUUGAAUAGAAGAAAGAAACGGGUGAAGAGGAAUAAAAGUUGAAUUGAAUUGAAUUGAAUAGAAGAAAGAAAGGGGGUGAGAUCUGAAACCUCCGAUUCCGAUGGCUUCUACAGAGGGUUUGGUGCCCAUAACUAGGGCCUUUCUGGCGUCUUACUACGAUCAACACCCCUUUACUCCUCUUUCUCCAGAUGUCUCUCGCCUUUCUUCCGAGCUUCGUUCUAUGGCCACUGAUUUGCUCACUCAACAUCCUCCUAUCCAUGGAGAAACCACGUUAAUAAAUGAAGCUCAGACCCAACCUCCGCAUAAGAUUGAUGAAAAUAUGUGGAAGAAUCGAGAAUACAUUGAAGAAACUAUUUUUUUACUUGAACCUUCUAAUUGCCCACACCCGCCCGCUCCUGACAAUGUUGAAUUUUCCAUUAUGCUUCCCAAGCUCAAAGAUAAACUUCAUAAUACUUUGAGGACUUUGGAAUCUUUCCAAAUAAAAAAUGCUGAACAUGUAUUUAACACAGUUAUGACAUAUCUGCCUCAAGAUUUUCGAGGAACUCUCCUCAGACAACAACGGGAACGCUCAGAGAGGAAUAAACAAGCAGAGGUAGAUGCUUUGGUGAAUUCUGGUGGUAGCAUACAUGAUCGAUAUGCUCUUCUGUGGAAACAACAAAUGGACAGGAGAAGGCAAUUAGCUCAGCUUGGCUCUGCAACAGGAGUCUAUAAAACCCUCGUGAAGUACCUAGUUGGAGUUCCUGAGGUAUUGCUUGAUUUUACAAGGCAGAUCAAUGACGAUGACGGGCCCAUGGAGGAGCAACGUCAUCGCUAUGGACCACCUUUAUACAGCCUCACCUCAAUGAUUCUUUAUGUCCGGUUCUUCCUUUCAUUAUCGUGGGCACGAUAUGAGUAUAAGAAAUUAAAAAGGGAACAGUUUGCUGUCUUGGAACAAGCUGUUGAUGUCUACACCAUGGAGUUUGAGAGGUUCAUCACAUUUAUUAGUGGGGUCUUUGCAAACUCGCCUUUCUUCAUUCCAGCAGAUGUUGCCGGUGCAGUGGAAGUAAGUAAAAUUGAUGACUUCAAAGAGGCAAGUGUUCCAGCUGGGAAAACUUUUGAGGUUAUACUCUCAGUGGACUCAGUAAACUCGUAUAUUGCAUGGGACUUUUCUCUAGUACAAGGCAAGAUAAAUAUGGAUAUUGGAUUUAGUUUGGAGUUUGUAAGUCCUACUGGGGAAAAGACUCUGAUGUUGCCUCACCGGCGAUACGAGUCUGACCAAGGUAACUUCUGCACAUUAAUGGCUGGAAGCUAUAAACUGAUAUGGGACAACACACAUUCAACUUUUUUUAGAAAGGUGCUACGGUAUAAGGUAGAUUGUAUACCUCCUGUCACAGAGCCUGUGCAGUUGGAGGACUGAUACAAAAAUGCUGUAGAAACCGAUUGAUAUGCUAGUAAUUUUAUUCUUAUUAAAGACAAAAGUUUCAAUUACUCAUGCCAAGAUUGAGACGUGUUCAAUUGAUUUCUGUAAAGGGCUGGGCUGUAUGAAGUCGACCGUUUUACUGGCAAAAAAAGAAAUCCUUAUAGGAGCACAUUGUUUGAUGAAGAACAAUAUGUGAAUGGUAUGACAAUGUUUGAUGAAGAACAAUAUGGGAAUGAUAUGGCAUUCAGGUAUUAAAAGAAAAUCUGAGAACCAUUAAAAUUUUAAUUACAAACUUCAACUAAUAAAAUAUCGAUACUGGGUGUGAAA